CCGACAUCAUCUCGCAUUCCCCGAGCUCAUAACUUCAAUCCACCGACCGGCCGCAGAUAAGCCUCUGAGCAAAGCUAUAAAGAGCCUCUCGUCACAGGCGACAAAGCCCUGGUGCUCAACAACCGUUCACGCACCGCACAGCGAUACCAUUCGCAAUGGCAUCGGCUCUGAAAUCGCCCGCGCGAGUAUGCGCUCUCAGCAAACCCGCCCGAUCACACUUGUUCCUCACACCAGCGCCUUCUCCGCGGCAAGUGAUAUGUACAGCUCCCAAGCAAACUCGCCAGAACUCCACGACACCGACUAAGAAACACCCCAAAACCGCCAUCUUCUUCCCCGGACAGGGCGUGCAAAGAGUGGGCAUGACAACAGAUUGGCUAGAAGCCUUCCCUCGCACGGUGAAACCCCUCCUGGAACAGAUCGACGACCGGCUCGGCUACUCGCUCUCACGGAUCAUCGCCGACGGCCCCAACAGCCUCCUCACCGCGACAGAAAACGCCCAACCCGCCAUCAUGGCGACCUCGAUCAUCAUCAUGCGCGUGCUAGAACAGGAGUUCGAUUUCCAACUGCGCGACCGCGUGGACAUAUGUCUCGGGCAUAGCCUGGGCGAAUUCGCCGCGCUCGUGGUCGGAGGCUACCUCCGCGAGGCCGACGCCCUGCAGCUCGUGCGCCGACGCGGCGAGGUCUUCGCGCGCUGCUCCCGCGACGCCAAGGAAGAAGUCGGCAUGGUGGCGCUCGUCUGCGAGCCCAACCACCUGCAACCGAUGAUCGACGCGAUCCACGACUUCCUCGGGCACGACAGCGAGGGCUCCAAAUCCGACAGCCACGCGGACACGGACCGGCCGGCGGUGCCGGAGGUGCUGAUCGCGAACGUCAACAGCAAGAACCAGAUCGUGCUGUCGGGGUACAUCCGACGCAUCACCGAGCUGCUCACGCACCUGCGGCAGUUCGCCGGCCACGACCCGCGCGCCGUGCGCCUGAAGUCCGACUCGCCCUUCCACAGCCCCAUGAUGCAGCCGGCCGCGGACCUGAUGGCGCGGAUGCUCAGCCAGGAGAGCCCGACGGCGCCGGGCGAGGACAUCAUCAUGUGGCCCGGGCGGAUGCCGUGCGUGAGCAACGUGUCCGCGCGGCCCUUCAAGAGCAAGGAGCAGCUCAAGGAGCUCCUCACGCGCCAGGCGGUGCAGACGGUGCAGUGGCACGAGAGCAUCGUGUACCUGCACCAGGAGGAGCGUGUGCAGCGCUGGCUGGGCUUGGGGCCGGGGAAGGUCGGCAGGAACCUGGUCGGGAAGGAGGUGGGCAUGAAAGGCGCGGUGAAGGGAGGAGGGGUCUGGGCGAUCAGCGAUCCGAGGGAGGUGGAGAAUGUCCUGAGGGACCUGGAUCUGACGGAAUCUUACGAAGAGGAGGAGUGACGGAGGAAACUGUGAGAGUUUCCGUCGAGCCGUGCGGUCUGGAUUCUGCGUGGGGAUGUGUGUACUCGGUCCUUAUUUUGUUCUUUUGGGAUAUCUGGUUAGCGAGGCGUUGGAGGAGUAUUUACUUCCAUCUAGAUUUUCAGUUUCAAUAGAACUAUUCCCAUGGACGGAUUUCUCACGAC